AUGGACGAAAUAAAGCUAAAACCGCUGUCAGCUGAGUUCCUACUCAUGUUUGCCAAAGAGGCCAUUGACCGGACCAAGGCCAGUCGCGUGGAGUCGGGAGCCGGCCAGCCUGUGGACGAAUCAGACCUAGAAAAGGUUCUAGCGCAGCUAAUGCUCGAUUUCUAG